GAGGGCCACGUUAGUUGGGCCGCUAGGGGGCGUGGCGAGUUUGAGGCGCCGAAGACGCUGCUGGGUGCCGCCGCCGCCGCCGCCGCAAUCAUGAGCGCGAGGGGCCCGCGCGAGCGUUGCGGGGCGCUCCUGACUUGGAUGCAAACAUUCCAUGUUUCAUCUCCAUGUUCCAAGGAGGAGGAUUUGGCCAGCGGGGUUACAAUUGCCCAAGUGCUGCACAAGAUUGACCCUUCUUGGUUCAAUGAAACAUGGCUACUGCGAAUUAAAGAUGAUACUGGUGACAAUUGGAGGCUGAAGGUGAGCAACCUGAAGAAGGUCCUGCAGAGUGUGGUUGAAUAUUCCCAGGAUGUCCUAGGCCAUCAAGUCCCAGAGCAGCUUCUUCCUGAUGUAGCCCUUGUUGGAGAGCUCUCUGACACGGCUGAGCUGGGCAAGUUACUGCAGUUGGUAUUGGGCUGUGCCAUCAGUUGUGAGAGGAAGCAAGAUCACAUUCAACAGAUCAUGACCCUGGAAGAGUCUGUACAGCAUGUUGUUAUGACAGCAAUACAGGAGUUGUUGAACAAAGACUCAUCAGACACGCUGAGCUCAGAGACUUAUGGGAACUUUGACAGCCAGUCACGGAAGUACUACUUCCUAAGCGAUGACUUAGAGGAAACAGACGACAUGCGCCAACGCUGCCAUGAUCUAGAGCAACAGAUCUCCAUCCUGGUAGAUGAGAAAAAUACAUUGGUGUUGGAAAACAAGACCCUCAGAGAGCAGAAAAGUGCUCUUGAAUCAGAUACUGCUGGGCUUACUGGCAAGAAGCUCCUUCUUCUUCAGAGUCAGAUAGAGCAGCUGCAAGAAGAAAACUUUCGACUGGAAAAUGGCAGAGAUGAUUUCCGUGUGCGCUGUGAAGACCUUGAGAGGGAGGUGCAAGAGUUGCAGCAUCGUAAUGAGGAGCUGACCAGCCUGGCUGAGGAAGCUCAAGCCCUCAAAGAUGAGAUGGAUGUCUUACGCCACUCAUCAGACAGAGUUGGGCGGCUGGAGGCCAUGGUGGACUCCUACAAGAAGAAGCUGGAAGAUCUGGGGGACCUGCGGCGGCAAGUCCGGCUGCUUGAGGAACGAAACACCGUCUAUAUGCAGCGCACUUGUGAGCUGGAGGAAGAGUUGCGGCGUGCCAACGCUGUGCGUUCACAGCUGGAGGCACACAAAAGACAGGUGCAAGAGCUUCACAGUAAGCAUGAGAAGGAGUCCUUAAAGUCGGAAAAGUGGCAGUUUGAGUUCAAGAACCUCAAGGAGAAGUUUGAUGCUUUGAUGAAAGAAAAAGAGAGGCUGAUAGAAGAACGAGAUGUCCUUCGGGAGGCUAAUGAAGAACUGCGAUGUGCUCAGGUGCAGCAGAAGUUCCUUCACCAAGCAGAUACCAUGUUAGAAGAAAUUCCUUCUCCUGUGGAUAACUUAGCAGCUGAGAUCAUGCCAGCAGAACUCAAGGAGACUAUUGUGAGACUGCAGCAUGAGAACAAGAUGUUAUGUGCACAGGAACAGUCAUAUCGUGAGCAACAGGCAGAGUUACAGGAGUUGCUGGAGGAAUCGAACCGCACCAAAAGCCAGUUAGAGGCACAGCAAAGGCUGAGCCAGCAACAGAUCUCUGAGCUCAAAGCUCAAGUGGAAGAGCUCCAGCGGGCCCUCCAGGAGCAAGGAAGCAAGGCAGAAGACUCCUCUCUGCUGAAAAAGAAGUUGGAGGAACACCUAGAGAAAUUGCACGAGGCCCAUGCAGAGCUUCAAAAGAAGAAGGAGUGCCUUGAUGAGCUGGAGCCCAAAAUAGACAGUACCACUGCCAAGAAAAUUGAUGAAUUGCAGCAGUCUUUGAAGAAGAAGGAUGAAGACAUGAGAGCCAUGGAGGAACGAUACAAGCGCUAUAUGGACAAGGCCUGCACUGUCAUCAAAAAGCUAGAUCCCAAGCAACAGCCUCAUGUCGUUCCUUUGGAGAUCCAGGCUUUGAAAAACCAGUUGCAGGAGAAAGAUAAGAAAAUAAGUCACCUUGAGUCCGAUUUUGAGAAGACGAAAUCUCAACAGGAGCAGGAAGAAAAGCUGAUCAUUACUGCCUGGUAUAAUAUGGGCCUGGCAUUGCACCAACGGGCCAGUGAGGAGCGGUCGUCCACCCCGGCCACAGUUCAGUCCUUCUUGGCCCAGCAAAGACUAGCCACCAACACGCGGCGGGGCCACCACAGCCGGGCCCAGCCUCUGCUGCUUCGGUAUGUUGGGUCAGACAAGCCUUCCCAGCUGUCAUGAUCUGGAAAAUGCCUGCUGGGUGCAGUGUAUCCAAGAGAAGUGAAACCUUACCUCCUGCUUUCCCUGCAAUGGUACCUCUUUUUUGGAACUGGAGUUUCCAUCUGUGUUGUUGACAUUUUUCAAUUGCACAAGGUUCUUUCUAUGCCAAGGCUACAGUUCUCUUGUUUUACAGAAAGGAGUUGGAUCUUCUCUUAUGAAUGUAGACUUGUCUGUUCUGUUUUCCAACACAGCUGGGGGCAGAGGCAGAGAUCCUGUUUACACAUCCCUUUUAAAUUCUGGUGUUUAUGUGGCUUCUGCAUCAUCCUGUUCAUGUCAUGUUAAAAUACUCCUCCCUCAAAGUCCUCAUCUUGAUAUAAGUUGGGGCCUUUUUCUUCCACUUCCGUUCCUAUUUCCUCUGUUGGAAAUAAUCUCCUUCUGGAUUACUUUGACAGGGCUUGGAAAUGUUAAUUUUUGUGGAUUGCAACUCCUUGCACGACCUCUGGGAGAUGCUGAGAGUUGUAGUCUAAGAAUAACUCUUCCCAGCCCUGUUUUGUGGUGCUGAAUGUAGAAGGAUGAGAUGACUGCUAUGUUCUUAGUCUUGUGGUUGGAGUGUGGCUCCUUUAAGCAAAGGUGACUGCUCUGCCUGAACCACCUCUUCCCUGCCCAUGGCACCACAUGCUUUGUGGAGUGGCUUGUGGCUCCCUUCUGAGAAGGGGCAUAGCUUCAGUGCAAAUACAAAAUCAAAAACCUCUCUGCUUGGCACUGUCUGAACACUAAACUAGCUUUAGAUUUAAGGGAGUGGGAAAGGGCUUGCAGUCCAGUCCAUUAUCAAUUGGUGUGCACAACAUUACUGUCUUCACAGCAAUAGUUGGUCUGGUGCUUUGAAAAAGUGCUACUGGGUUUUUAUUCCCCAUUAAUAAUAAUUUUAUUCCUCUUUUUCAGUUCUGGGAGGAAUUAAAGAUGCAGUAUCGUUUUAAAAAUAAACUGUUCUUUAAAGUUUGGUUUUUAGUAAAUAUUUUAGUUUUAAUGCUGUAAAUGAUAUGUUUUGUAAAGCUUUCUUGUUCAUCCAGGCAGGUGUGUCUGCCACUUUAUUUUUCUAUUGGACAGAAACCUGGCAUGAAAUGAUGCAGGGAGAGAUGUCUGUAGAAUCUACACUACAAAUAAAAUACUUUUAACCUUU